UUGAUCGUCGCUCUUUAACAAUCAAAUGAUAUAAAUCGCCUUGGUUUUUCUGGACAGCUGAAUGCUCCAAGAAACAACAUAUCAACACCGUCUAUGCGGCCUUGUUCAUAACCAAACUGCUAUUUUCUAUACGCUUAUUUUUAGCCGUGAAAACGAAAUUUGAACUAGAAAAUGCGAUCCCUAAUACACACAAUAUGCGCUUUUCUCUGCGUUCUCAUAGCAGUCCCCCUCGUCUUCGGUUCUCCAGUUGAGCUUGCAGUUGGCGGGCGAGUCGGAAAAAGGAGACCUACAUACGCCAUUGCUCACAUGGUCCUGGACAGAAGGGGUCUCAGAGAUGCCAUCGCACAUGGCGCCAAUUCGGUCGAGGUCGACAUUGCCGCGUACAAAGAAGGGUGGUGGGCAGACCAUGACAUCCGGAGCAAGUCAUGGGGCGACUCGCUGGAGGUUAUGUUCAAAGCGAUCGCCAAAGAGAACAAGCGCAUCGCAUUCGUCUGGCUGGACCUCAAGACCCCGAACAUGUGCUCUGGAAAAUCCUGCAACAAGGACGUGUUGGAUCCCAGCAAGUGCAAGAGCAGCCAGAAAUGCUCCAUGCAGUCGCUACAGAAACUGGCGCAGAAAUACCUGCAGCCUGCGGGUGUGCGCAUUCUCUACGGCUUCUACGGUGCCGGCGCGACCGAUUCUGCCGGUUUCAAUUACAUUCAAGGCAACCUGAAGGAUGGCGAGGCGGUAUGUCUGAGCGGUGAGGUGGACAAAGUUUUGAACGUCUACAAGAAGAAGGGGAGCGGAGUAAAACCUGCGCAGAGGGUAAUGGAUUAUGGCUAUACGGAACUUCACAAGGGAUUUGGAAAUUGUACAGAGGAUGGACACAAGACUUGCACUAGGUUGAGGAAUGGAGCGAAGGCUCGGCAGGAGGGUCUUGUCCGGAGAGUCUUUGGCUGGACUAGCCAGAUCGGCGACAGCAAGCGUGUGGCAUCUAUGUUGGACAAAGCGCAUGUUGAUGGCAUUAUAUAUGGCUUCGGGGUAACGAGAUAUUAUCAUCAUAAAGAGAGCGAGUUGGCUGCGAGAGAUAUCAACCGGCACGUCAAAAAGAGCUUGGAUCGAUACAUGGCCACUGGUAGCGACAAGCCUUGGUGAUGGGUAUUGCCGGUGGUAUUUUGCGUUUGUUCUUGUUUACGGCGUCACGAAUUCGAUCCAAUUCUCGUCAAGCUCAACGCGCACCUUUUCGUCUGGUAGUCAAUAGAGACCUGCUGGCUCAUUAUAUUCCGCAGCCAUAGCAGGAGGGUGUUGUUAUCAGUAGACUGACCAUUGGAGAACUGGCACACAAAGUUGAUCAUCGAACCCUCUCGCCUUCGCCAACCCCUGAAGGACCUAGUGAGAAGCAAAAGCAAUAUUGAUUCUCCAGCCACCUCAACCACACAGGAUACGAAUAUAAAUAACCGAAUCAUCAGAUAGCGGCGUCGGCAUCAUCUUCGGGAGAAACGGUGUCUAGAAAUCUUGCGCCUUAUUUCAUCAUCCCUAAGAAUAAAUGCAAUUUAAUUCAUAGAGACUUGAUUUCCAACAUUAUCCUCCGACCGUAGUCUUCCCGUCCACAUCCUUCUUAUUUCCAGAGGUAGAGGUCACAGCGGUAGCGGCCGGCGUAGCAGGGACAUUGGCAGGAUUCCCACUAUCCUUAUCUCCAACGACCCGCAAAACCAUCCGACCAAUAACAUCCUUAGUAUCGUUUUCACAUUUCUCCAGCUCCUCCCUCGCAACCCUUUGCUCGUGUUGCAUGUCUUGCUGCUGUACCUUAACCCACUGUCUAUGCCUCUCACAGCGUUUCUUGAGACAAACGCCGCGAGCGAUCCUAUCAACAGUGUUACGGUUCCCGUCGACAUCUUGCAUCUCAACAUCCCCGCCACCAUCAUUUCCGGAAUCAGCAGCUUCAAGAACCCCAGACCGAAGCGCUUUCUUUCCCACUUCUGACCAUCUCCACUCAUUGAACUCGUCAUCAGACCAUGAAAGGCGAGAAUCAUACCCGCAGAUAUCUUUCCAAGCGGACGUGCUGCUUUUGGGGUCCGCCUGGCGAAGGUGCUCAAGGAUUGUUUUUGCGCGUUGGCGAAUCAUAGUAAGGAAAGUGUCGCGGUCUUGGAGCAUUUCGAGCUGGUUGCGGAGUUCUGUUCGUUUCCUACGGAGGUUGUGGAGAUGCUGGCGUUCAUUGGUUGUGAACUGGAUGUGACGAGUAUCGAGAUCCAAGUCGAUGUGAUCAAGGUCUUGAGGCGCUAUGUUGGCUUUGGAUUCAGACAAUGAAUCUUCUCCAGGAAUGUCACUCGAUGAUGUUAGGCUUUUGGCCACAGAUGGAGGUAGGAUGUUGUCGCCCAGUUCACGAAAAUCCAGUGCAGAUUUCACUCCCGUGACGACAGCUUUCAGGUCAUUCUUAGUAAGAACACCACCUCUACUGCCAAGGUCUUCGGUUUGCCCACUGUCCGCUUCGGUUUCGUCUAAUUCAAUGUCAUCCUCGUCCUCUUCAUCCUCUUCAUUGGGAUUUGAUGUGCCGAGUUCCGGCUGGCCUACUUCUGCUUCUGUAUUAUCACGAUGAACUCCUUUUUGAAAGCGUUUUCCAACGGUUACUGAUGAUCCUCGCGAACGACUGUUCGAAGCUGACAUCUUCGCAGCAGAUGCAAGUCCAGCGGCCGAUCCCUGUUUUGAGAGCGAAGCUUUCUGCCGCAUAAACUCUCGGCCAUGUUCGUCACUGCAAUAUUUGCUGGGGACCAUACCCCCUGAAAUACGGGCUGGUCGUCGACAGCCUGGGAGACGACACAUCCGCUUCCAAGUCGUAUGGGUUCCAUUUUUUGAUUCGCAGGUAGGACCUAUGGAUGUCAGCUAUGGCCCACAAAUGGGAUGGAAACAACACGGGUGAAGUACUUACAAAUAUAUUUAUCAAUCAGAUCAGCAUCUUCUUGUUUGAUCUUGACACACUUCCCAUGGAACCAAUCCUCACAUCCGCCAUCACAACCAAUCAUCCAAGUAUGAUUGUCAGGUUUACGACAAAUACAAAACAGCUCCGACGGAUCUUCAACUUCAUCGACGUCAUCCUCCUCUUCCUGAGGUUCGGUUGCUUUUGCUGCCUUUUUACUUUCCGGUGCUGGAGAACCCGCAACGGACAACGAACUCUGUUUCCGAUUCUUCGCAGCUGGAGCCUUGCUGGCACGCGAUGAUACCGGUGUUGCUGAUCGCCGAAGCGGCGAAGCCGUACCAUCUACUCUUUCAGUGUCAUUUGGAUUCAACUUGCGCUUCUUAGUAGUAGGUUUUUUGGUAGAAGUUCCCUUUUUGGUGGAGGACGCCGGUCUUUUCUUCGUGCUUGGGCCAGGACUAGGACCUGCGGCCUUGGUUGAUGUUGCCGGAGACGAACGCUCCGUGGAUGAAGCGCGGGAUAUGGAUUCACGUUUAAGAUCGCGCCAAAACGCAUCUGGUAUCGAUACGCCACCGUCAGAGGAGACGUCGGCGGAAUCAAGGCAUCGGAUUUUACUAUGAAUAGUUUUGGCUCGAUCCCAACCGAAGUAGCCAGCAUUAUACCACCCAACAAGCCCGACGAUUGUAUCGUUAUCUACGAUGAUAUUAGCGGGAGCCAUAUUAUUAUUGGUAAAAGCUAGAGUCUGGUUCGAAGCGGAGGCAGAUCCGAAGAGGAUGUCGUAUUCCGCCUGCUGCAACCGGUGUUCCUCUUUUGGCUUGCUUCCCUUGACAACGUAGGACGGACUACUUCGACCAUCAUUGGCACUGUCAAUUUUUCGUAUUAUGUUUCGCGCUUGUCUCUUGAAGCUUUCCUUUUGUUGUCUGGUAAGGUAAGGCCAUGCGACUUCCAACGAAACCCCCGGGAUGCGAGACUGAACAAGCACGUCGCGACCCUUAAUUUUGGUUCUGAGAUAUAUCUGUGGCAAUUGGAUAUCUGGAAGGAUAUUCUCUGCUACCUUGAUAGCCUGGGCUUCGUUUUCAUCUGCGAUGCUGUAGUCCCCGGUCGACUCUGUAGAAAUGUGGUCACUUUUCACAAUCACACUCCCCAAUGCAAAUGUAUCUCUCUUGCCAGCUGCUGGGAUGCUGAUACGCGUCUUCUCGUCGCAUUUGGCCAGAACAGCUUCCCAGUAGCGGAGCGACUCGUCAUUAUUAGAGUUGCAGUGAACUGGGUCGGGUUUGAAAUCGCUAAUGCCUGGGCGGUAACGGCCGCAGUGAGGAUGUCGAGCUAGAAAUCGGUCCGAUUGUGGUAAUUUUUCCGCGUUUGUCUCAUAAGGAUUGACAUCUAGGUCUGUAAACGUGCUUGCCACCGUUCUUGGAGGGGAUCCAUCUGCGUCAAUAUCCAUACCGCUUUUAACGUAGGUAGCUGGUAUUACGAAGCCGCUGCUUUCUGCGAACGAUAUCUAAGUGACUGACAGUGGCGGAAUUUCUCGAAGGGCAGCACGUGGGAUGAUGGAGAGGGGCCAGCUCUGUCUAACAGGAUUCGUUUAUUUUGUAAAGAGGGUGAACGCGGAACAUGGCAAUGCUGUUCUAGGGUGCGGGAAAGCGAAAUGUUGGGUUGUGAAUUUAUUGGAGGGAGAAGGAGGUCAAGGGAAGGUUCGACGCGACUUGUGCAGCUCUGGAGGCGCUUGACUUCUGGCGUCAAGUAUAAUGGCUUAGACGCCUUGAGUAGCAAUAUUAAAUCCUAGCACUCUGAACAGCUUUGUAUGCUGAGAAAGCCCGGGUGGAUGUGGAUGUACACAGAGAGUUGGUCUGCGCAGCUGGAGGACUGGGUAUGGUUGGCAUCGGAAGGAUAGAAGCUUGUUCGAGUUCGUGUUCGAGUUCAAGUACAUAGAGUAGAUAGUAUUCUAUUGAGGACAACGACAGAGAGCUGCAGAAGGAAGCCGUUGACCUGAGGCGAGCGGAGUGUCUGGGUGUGAAGCUCUGUCUGGCGCAGGAUUGAUCGCGGAGCAGGUCUGAGAGCUCUCACGGC